AUGUUCUCGCCCAAGAGACAGGCGUCGCCGCAAGACCCCUGCGCCGAGAUCAUCGACAGCGCCGUCACCAGCGCGGCUCCCUCCCGCCGCGCAUCGCCCCAACCCUCGCACAAGCCGAAUACAGGCCAGGAAGAAGAACAUGUCUACGUCCUCACGCUUAACCUCUCGCCUUCGAUAUCCGUCCCGCUUGACCAGUUAAGGGAGGAAUACUUUCCGAAACACCUCAACCGGACGCCGGCGCACAUCACGCUGUUCCACGCGCUGCCUCACUCGCAGAUCGAGGUCAUAGACGCUACGUUGAACCGCCUCGCUGCGCGAACGAGGCCGUACCACAUAUCGACCGGGAAGCCAUUUCGUCUGAGGAAAGGAGUUGCAGUGCUGCUUGGGUCCGGCGACGAGCAAUCGCAGCACCUUCGCGAAGACCUGCGGGAGAAAUGGCUUCAAUGGCUAAGCCAGCAAGAUAGCAAGAGUCGAGGAUGGCAGCCCCACUGGACCAUCAUGAAUAAAGUCGAAGAGGAGAAAAAGGUCAUAUCUACGUUCGACACUUUGCGGCGCAUCCUCUUCGAAGAAACAUACCACGGGAAAGCGCUAGGAUUCGAUCUGUGGAAGUACAAGAGCGGAGGCUGGGAGCACGUGAAGGAGUAUCGGUUCCAGGGGGUGGGGAGCGGAGCGAGUACGCCGGGCAGAGGGGGAAGGUCGCGGAGGAACAGUUUGAAGGAUGAGGGGGGCCUGAUUAAGACGAAUAGUUGGAGUCGGAUGGCGGAUGUGUGGCAGACGGUUACGUUGGGGAAGAAGAGUUCUAGUUAUUCGAGUUCGAGGCCGGAGAGUCGGAGGCAGAGUGGGAGUGGUGGGGAUGGGAUGAGGUAG